CCACUCGUUACAUUGCAUCUGCUGACUCGGAUCCUUUCAGUAGCACGUUUAACUUCGUUUAGACACAUAUUUUGGCUUUCCUCACUCAUGCAUUCAGGAGAGGAAGAUUCCACUACUGUCUUUGGUCGUGAAGAUUAUUCUAAUCCUAUGUCUUACGACAGACAAGAUUGUUACAGUGCCUGUGUCUCAGAUGCACCCUAUUCCCUGGGGCGAGAACCCACUACAUAUGGCGAUGCCCAAGACCACCAUCUAACCGCGCACGACGACCCUGCUUACAGGUCUUCGUAUGCUUCGUGUGAGACUUCUUGGGGUAUGGCCUCGGGCAUGGACUCCUUCCCCCCUGGCGGAUCCUCAAGCGUCACCGCGGACUUCCAACAGCAGCCCGCUCUUGCCGGUAGCAGGAGGCAACGCAAACCCAAGUUGUACGACUUGCCCAAACAAGACGACCCGACGGAAGAAAUGAGGAGGCAAAGGGCAAUACGACAGAAGGAUAAAAGGGAGAAACGGUAUCAGGAUGAAGUGAAUAUGAGGCAAGAGACAGUCAGAGCACGAGAGGAAAGCAGGAAGAUGAAGAUAGAGAAGGAACUGAGAGGUUGUAAUAUAAAGAUGAUGGAGCACCUCCUGGCCAUGAGUGAAUCAGCCAUGUACCAAAUGCAACCAGAUGAGAUGAGGGAACCUGACCCUCAUGGACAGUACCAGCAACAAGGCUAAAGACGAUCAAAGACAGCGAUUCUCGGACACUCACCCCCGCCCCUAGUCUUUCCCUUCAUUUAUAGCCAGGAAUCUUAUCCCUUACUUUGCAGCAAAUACAGUUCGUUACGUAAAGGAAGAGUUGCCAAACUGCUACUAAGUUUUGCUGCUUACUGUUGUUUAAUAAAGUUCGAUAUGUAAAGAAAACAGA